UCUCAUGUACAGCUCUUGUGUCUAAAUAAAUUGAGGAUUAAGUUCCGUCUGUGUCCGUAUAUUUGUUCUGGGAAAUAACUUUAACUCCCAUCCAUUAUUCCCAAACAUUUCCCAGAAUAGUUCCCUCUCUUACCAAUCCUUCUAUAGGGAGAUAUUUGCUAAGACAUCUUCAUAUAUUGCCUAUCCUUUUGUGCCACCAUAAAUGACAUCUACAUAUUUCCAUCAACCGGUGUCCAGCCUUUACUAGCACUUCAGCUUAUGCCAUCAUACUACCAUCUCUUAGCCAUCACUCUGUGUACCUUCAUCAUCACAACUCUUCUCCAUCCUUCUGUGUCAACACAUUUUUAUCCCUGAUGUAUCUAGAAAUCCGCUCUACUUUCCAUCUUUACCCAAUCUUCUACUGCCCCUACUCAACUUUUUAUACUAUUCUGCAAUUAUGUCCUCUCUCCUUUACAUAGUUUGCAGUUCAUCAACCAGAAAUCUUCGGAAAUGUCUUCACAACUGGAAGAAGCCAUGGAGACACUUAUCUCUGUAUUCCACACAUACUCAGCUCGGGAAGGUGACAAGCACAAGUUGAGUCGAAGAGAGUUGAAGGAUCUUCUACAGAAUGAACUCGGGGAGUAUCUGGAGACCCAGAAAGAUGCUGGCGCAGUGGACAAGAUCAUGAAAGAAUUAGAUGAGAACGGAGAUGGAGAAGUCGACUUCCAAGAGUUUGUCAUCUUGGUGGCAUCUUUGACUGUAGCAUGUAAUACCUUCUUCUGUGAGAACAGCUGAGCUCCCUGGAGUCCACCAGUUAUAGUGUUGUCAGUCUCAUCUACAAACUCUUGUCUCUGAUUAAACUUGAGGAUUAAGUUC